UGGAUGCUGCCAGCUGACGACGUGACGAAACUUGACCUUUUUUUGCUGUCUGCUGAUUCUUGUUGUUCAUCAGCUUUCUGCUCAUCUCACCAUAGACUCACUCUCAUCUUUUUUACGACGAACACACAAAAUCUGAAAUGGCUGGACUUCUGAAGAGAAUUAUAAAUACACCUAAUGCUCCCAAGGCAAUAGGGCCAUACAAUCAAGCGGUAGCCGUGGAGAACACGAUGUACCUUUCUGGACAGAUCGGCAUUGACCCAGCCACAAGCAAGUUAGUGGAAGGCAUAGAAGCUCAGACAACUCAGGCAUUGAAGAACAUCGGUGCAGUUCUUGCUUCCCAGAAUAUUGGCUACGAAAAUGUCUUGAAGACAACAGUCCUUCUGGCUAAUAUGUCGGACUAUCCCAAAGUGAAUGAGAUAUACGCAGAAUUUUUUAAAACUAAUUAUCCAGCCCGAGCAGCUUACCAGGCAGCAGCUCUUCCUGCGGGAGCUUUGGUGGAGAUUGAAAGCAUCGCAAUCCUGGGGGAAGUACGCACCGUUUCACCUUCCCAAAAAUUGUGAUAUUUUCACCAUUUUAUCUUCUACCCGAGAUUUCAUCCGAGUUCAUAUUAAAGAAAGACACCAACUCGACAACCAUGAUGAAAGAAUGCCAGCUGGCAUAGAUAACCUAAAAUUGUAUUAAAAGUAUCUUAUUUUAAUAAAUAAACAACUUAUUUAUUAUACCGCGCAUUUUCCAUACCAAAAAUGAACAACCCAAUAACACAAAAUUUGCCGAGUAAAAAUAUAUGGCAAUAGAAUAAACAUAAUUCUUAAAAAAGUCCACCAAAACGGGAUGUAAACACCAAAUACAACUGGACCAGUCAGUAUUCAAACAUUUAACCAGUUAAACAUUAAAAGCUUUCUUAAAAAGGUAAGUUUUUAGAUGAUGAUAAACUGGUAUUUUGCUUAUUUUGGCCUUAGUAAAUGAUGCAGGAUUGAUCCCUUGAUAUAAUGAUUCAUAGGUGUGUGGCCCUUAUGAUGCUGGUCAGUUUUAUUUAGUCAUAUUGGGUCCCUUGACCCUGAAAACAUUAGUGUAGCCACCAAAAACAAGUCUCAAUGAGUCUCACAAAUCGAGAUAUUAUAGGCAAAAUUGAUGUUUGCUACCGUUUAUAACUGUCACUGUUUAUAGUAUCAAACACAAAUGAUGUAUUUAUAUUAUGUGAGGGCAAUACCUUAAUAAAUGUGUAUUGAAUUGAUUUGAA